GGGGGGGGAUGGCAGAGAGCGAGGAGCUGGAGCGUCCGGCCUUGGAUAAAGCCGGGGGGGAGGAAUUCCUGCAGGAAGCCCUCCAGAUCCUGCUGGAGGAGGCGGUGAAGAAGGGCACGGAUGUCACCCAAAAGGUGUGUGAGUGGAAGGAGCCCCAGGAGCUGCGGGAGCUGCUGGAUCUGGAGCUGAGGGACCAAGGGGAGAGGAUGGAAAAGCUGCUGGAACGAUGCCGGGACGUCAUCCGCCUCAGCGUGCGCACCGGUCACCCCCGUUUCUUCAACCAGCUCUUCUCUGGCUUGGACCACCACGCGCUGGCCGGGCGCUUCAUCACCGAGGCCCUCAACACCAGCCAAUACACCUACGAGAUCGCCCCCGUCUUCGUGCUGAUGGAGGAGGUGGUGCUGGCCAAGCUGCGGGAGCUGGUGGGAUGGAGCAGCGGCGACGGCAUCUUCGCCCCAGGUAUGACAUGGACUGGGACAAUCGCCAUGAACGUGGCCCGUUUCCACCGCUUCCCGCAGAGCCGCAGGAAGGGCAACUGGGCUCUGCCACCCCUGGCCCUCUUCGCCUCCCAGGAGUGUCAUUACUCCAUCCAGAAAGGAGCCGCUUUCCUGGGCAUCGGCACCGACAACGUCCGCCUGGUGGGCACCGACGGGGGGGGCUCCGAGCCCUUUUUUGUCUGUGCCACCUGCGGCACCACGGUCCUGGGCGCCUUCGACCCCCUGGGCGCCAUCGCCGACGUCUGCCAGCGCCACGGCCUCUGGUUCCACGUGGACGCAGCCUGGGGCGGCAGCGCCCUCCUCUCCCCAAAACACCGGCACCUCCUGGCCGGCAUCGAGAGGGCCGACUCGGUGGCCUGGAACCCCCACAAGAUGCUGGCGGUGGGGUUGCAGUGCUCGGCCUUCCUCCUCCGCGACGCCUCCGGUCUCCUCCAGCGCUGUCACGGGGCGGGGGCCACUUACCUUUUCCAACCUGAUAAGUUUUACGACGUCACCUACGACACGGGGGACAAGACCCCCCAGUGCGGGCGCAGGGUGGAUUGUCUCAAACUCUGGCUCCUCUGGAAAGCCCUGGGCACCCAGGGACUGGCCCAACGUGUGGAAAGAGCCUUCACCAUCACCCAGUACCUGGCGCAGGAGGUGAAGAGGAGGGAGGGCUUCCAGCUGGUGGUGGAGCCAGAAUUCAUCAACCUCUGCUUCUGGUUCGUGCCCCCCAGCCUGCGGGGCCGGGAGGGGUCCCCCGACUACUGGCCCAGGUUGGGCAAGAAAAUGGGGCUCUGGGGGGGUGGGAAGGUGGGAGCCCCCCUCAAUAAUCCCCCUGGAAGCUCUUGGAGCAUCAUCUUCCUCCCCCUCCUCACCAGCCUCCUCGUCACCCGGGGGGACCUGGAUUUCUUCCUGGAGGAGAUCGAGCGGCUG